CCAGCUCACCAAGGACCACAGUUCAAACUCUGGCUGAAGGUCAGCCAAAGAAUAAUUGUAGGCGCGUGUUCUAACCAUUAUCCGUUUGGAUCCCGACUAGACGAUCAAUUACCUUGGUUACUGACAAUUUCUAGCAGUCCACUCAGUGAUUACUCGUAAUGAUUGGAAAAGUCGAACAUCUUGCUGCGAAUAAGCUUUUGUAUGGAUUUAGGUUGAUAAGGUCUUUUGAAGUUACAGAGCUCCGGUUACUAGUUGCUGAGCUUGAGCAUCAGAAGUCGGGUGCAAAAUACUUGCAUUUAGCCCGAGAUGAUCCAAACAAAACAUUCAGUGUUCAGCUAAGGACUAUUCCUCCCAACGAUUCUGGCGUUUCUCACAUUCUGGAACAUACUGUUCUUUGUGGAUCCCAAAAAUAUCCUUGUCAUGAUCCGUUCAUGAAGAUGGCUCAUAGAAGCCAAGCUACAUUCAUGAAUGCUCUUACUGCUAGCGAUUGGACUAUGUACCCAUUCAGUACAAUGAAUAAUACUGAUUUCCAUAACCUAUUAAAGGUUUAUCUUGACGCCGUUUUCCGACCUAACCUCGAGGAGCUCGAUUUUAUGCAAGAAGGAUGGCGUUUGGAACCCGAAAACCUUAGUGAUAUUACAUCAAAUCUGAUUUUGAAAGGCGUAGUCUUUAACGAAAUGAAGGGUGUAUUUUCUAAUUCACUAAAUCGCUUUGGUCAAACUAUCCAAAACAAAUUGCUUCCGCAAACUUAUGGUUUUGUCAGUGCGGGGCGCCCAGAAAGUAUUCCAACACUAACUUACGAGUAUCUGAAGCAGUUUCAUAAUAAGUAUUACCAUCCAAGCAACUCAUGUUUCUACACAUAUGGCAAUGUGAAUCUGGAACAGUGUCUUGAGUAUCUUGAUUCAGAAUAUCUUCAACAUUACGAUUUAUCAGUUCAGGACAACCUUGUACCGUUAGAAUGUAUGUGGGAGGAACCCAGAUUAGUUCAGUUAACAUGCGAACCAGAUCCAAUGAAUCCUCAUCCAGAUCGUGAAUGUUGUGUAUCUCUUAGCUUCCGUUUGGAUGACAUUUGCAAUGUUUACAAAAAUUUUGUGCUUGGAAUAGUUUGUAAUUUGUUGUUAAAUGGUGAUAACGCGCCCUUAUAUCGCGGUUUAAUUGAGUCGGGAUAUGGUCUAGACUGGAUUGGCAGUUUCAACGGAAUUGAUCGUAGUACUCGUACCACAAGUUUUCAUGUUGGCGUACAAGGUGUUCGAGCUAAUGAUCUUGAAAAAUUUCCCCGUAUGGUCAAUGAUAUAUUGUCUGAAGUCGUUCGGGACGGUUUUCCAGUGGAACAUGUUGAAGCUACUCUUCAUCAGUACGAGUUAGCAAUCCGUCAUGAGUCCGCUCGUUUUGGUUUAAAUCUAAUCCUAAACUUAUCUAAUUCUGUUAAUCACGGUGUUGAUUUGAAUGAGGUUCUGAAAAUUGGUGUUAAUAUAGAUCGAUUUCGCCAGGAAUGGAGUAAAGAUCCGGUUAUGCUUCAGAAUUUUGUUCAACAAUUCUUUCUGGAUAACAAACAUAAACUGACAACUUUAAUGCGUCCAGAUCCGAACUGGAAGUCCGUAGAAGCCAGGAAGGAUGAAGAAAAUUUGAAUCGUUUGACAAAGAAUAUAACACCGAUGGAAAGAGAAAAAUUAGUAUUAAAGGCUCGUCAACUCCUUGAAAAACAAAAUCAGGAAGAAGAUGUUUCAUGUUUACCGUGUCUUGAUAUUUUUGACGUACCUUUGGAAUGCAGACCAGAACCGUUUACACUAACUCAAACAUCUGAUUGUUCCGUCCAGUUAAACGAAGCAGCAACUAAUGGUCUAGUUUAUUUUCAUGCUUUGGCUGAUUUGAAGGAUUUACCUUGUGAAUUAUUAUCCUACGUCCCACUAUUUUGUUCGUUGUUUACCAGAUUGGGAGCAGAUGGACUGUCUUAUUCGGAGAUGAACCAAGCCAUUGAGCUACACACAGGUGGUUUCAUUGCUUCUCCUUUUGUUACACCGAAGAUACCAUCUUGUUCAAAGACUGAAUUCACGUCUGCAUCUCGUCAAAUUCACUUAUCCAGUUAUUGUCUUGAAUCUAAAAUACCUAAUUUCUUUGAACUUUGGUCAAAACUUUUCCGCUCCCCAGAUUGGUUGGAUCUAGAUCGUUUAUCAACUCUAAUUCAAAUGUCGGCUGCAGGUGAAUGGUCAGCCAAUGCAAUUUCGGAUUCAGCUCACCAGUUCGCGAUGUGUCGCGCAGCUGCCAGUCUUUCAUCAACUCUCCUUACUCGUGAACUUUGGUCAGGGAUGGAACAAGCUAGAAUCAUGCAACAUAUUGCCGGUGAAAUCGGACUAGAAAGUGAUAAAAGAAGUAAUGCCCUUUCGAAGAUUACCGAACGUAUGAAGGCUAUCUGGAGUUAUAUCACUUCACCUAGAAGACUGAAAUUCAGUCUUCACGGGGAAGCUGAUGGUUUAACGUCAAGUUUGAAGCAUCUCGAUGGAUUCCUAAGUGACUUAUCACAAGUAUCGCCCAGUUCAUUAACUGAAGAUUCUCAAAAUCCAACUAUUUUUCCAAAUAUUUCCCGGAAUACGUUUUUUGCAAUGCCUUAUACAGUGCAUUAUGCUGCUAAGGCAAUCGAAGCCCCAAGUUAUGAUUCUGAAGAUUAUGCAAGUUAUCGUGUUUUGGCUCAUCUACUAUCAUUCAAGUACUUACAUCGCGAAAUACGGGAAAAAGGCGGUGCUUAUGGUGGAGGGGCGAUUGCCAGACCGGAAGCUUUUCUGUUUUACUCCUAUCGUGAUCCUUAUCCUCGCAAAACACUAAGUAGUUUUGAAAAUGCUAUAAAAUGGGCCAGUUCUGGAGAAUAUCAGAAUCAAGAUAUUAAAGAAGCUAAACUUGCUGUUUUCCAAGAAUUAGACUAUCCUGUUUCAGCGGGCUCUCGUGGUCUUACCAAUUUUUUGAAUGGGAUUAAUGAUGAUAUGAGACAGUUACAUAGAAACCAGGUUUUCGCUGUCGAUGAAUCGAAAAUAAAGAACGUUGCUAGAAAUAUUGAACAAAAGUUAUCUGACAUGUCAGAUUUUCAUAAUGUGGGUCAUGUGGUAAUAGGCCCAGAGACUAGUCCAGACUGGACUCAAGAUACUUCUGGUCAGGACCCUAAAAUUGACUGGGAACGUGUAACAAUGAUGGAUUAGACAUACUUCUAUAUUUUUAAUGCAUUUCAUCAAUCUGAUAUAGUGUUAUCUUUACAAGACCUUUGUAAGAUUACUCUGAAUUUCAUACAUUGUACCUAGUUUUCUUUGUAGCUUAUUAACACAACCUGCCUUUGAUUUUUUAAAAGGCAAAUCAAAAUUAUGCCUUCAGUUGCGCAGAAUUUUUAUGUUGAUAGUUAUCUUAUUAGUGGUUCUUAGGUGGUGCUAAUUGAAGAUAAUUUUCCAAGCUUUAAAAUCUGUAGAAUAUUACUGUAGUCAUUAUUCGUGGUGUAAGGAA